CUUUGGGUUGGCGACGGUUCACCUCGAAUGGAUGUGUAUUUGAAGCCUUUUAUAAAAGAAGUAACACAAUUACAUGAAAAGGGAAUUAUGUCCUAUUCCUGAAAAGGGAAAUGUCAGCAUCAAAGUUCAUACUUUAAUCGCAAUUCUUGACUCCACUGCUAGACCAAAGGUACAAGAAUUUAAUCAAUUCAAUGGUGAGGGUGGAUGUCCAUUUUGUCUCAAUCUCGGAGAGACAAUGGAAAAAAGACGUGGUCGCAUUCGCAUUUAUCGGCCAUUUGUUGGGACUCUUCGAACUUCCCAGCAAGUAUUCACUGAUGCAGAAAAAGCUAUCAAUCAAAACGAAUCUGUCAAUGGAGUAAAAGGAUUUUCUCCAUUAUCAGUAGUGCCUAUUUUUGAUGUUGUUCGGUCAUAUGUUCCGGACUACAUGCAUGCCAAUCUUUUAGGAACAAUAUGAACCUUUUGUGAGGCAUGGUUUAAUAGCACUUAUCGCAAUCGACCAUGGUAUAUUGGUAACAAAAGAAAUGAAGUAAACCAACGACUUUUAUCAAUAAAACCGCCUACGGAAAUACGACGCACACCUUCGAGUAUAGAAAAGCGAGCUUUAUGGAAAGCUACAGAUUGGCGAAAUUUCGGGAUGUACUACUCAUUAGUAAUUUUACGCGAUAUAUUGCUAAUUAAAUAUUAUGAACAUUGGUUUUUAUUAGUUUUUACUAUGCGUUUAUUACUAAAAGAGAACGUAACUGAAACUGAUAUUGACGAGGCCAAGUUAAGUAUUCAUAAAUUUGUGGAAUUAACGGAAACUUUAUAUGAACCAGAAUUUCUGUUAUUUAAUUUGCAUCUCCAUUUGCAUAUGCCAAGAUGUGUUAAAGAUUGGGGUGUACUGUGGGAUAGUUCGGCAUUUAUGUAUGAACAUGGUAAUGGCAUUCUAGUGCAACUUUUCCAUAGUACAGGAUCUGUCAUUUCCCAAAUUUUUAAGCAUUAUGAGCUGACAAAUUUUCUUCAAAGGACAGGUCCAAGUGUUUUUAAUACGAACACAUUUGCUCCAGCAAUUGAUCUGUUUGGCCAGCUCAUUGGAGAUGAAUAUUUUGUGCAAAAUGCGAUAAGAGAAGACAAAAAUUUGAUUCUGUUUGAAAAUAGUAAUGAAUUUAUUUUGACCCAAGAAACUUCAAUGUUAAUUGGGAACCUAUAAGAGUAUAAUUUUAAUAAUCAAAACGACGAAAUUUAGAUUUCUAGUUUUAAAAGAUUUAUCUGGAAACAUACAAUGUUCCAUUCCACGUCGUACACGCGAUUAACUAAAAGACUGAAUUCUAUUGUAAAAUUAUUUAAUAAAAAAAUACUCCAAAUUGA